AUGUCACAUUCGGCGUCGAAUGGGUUUUCGUUGAAGACAUAUAUCAGCAUCGACGGCAAGUCUGAGGUGCUUGUGAAGUGGAAGGGCUUCGACGUACUCGAAUCGUCUUGGGAGCCCAACGCGCAAUUGUACGAAGGCAUUCCUAUCGUUCUUCGUCGUUGGAUCUUGAAGCACGCCAGCGAUGAAGUCAUUCAAGCGAUGCGCGAAGACCACGAGGCCUCGCUUGGCCACAAUUUGUUGGGGGAAGUGUUCCGCGGAUUUGAAAUGGUGCCUGCGUUGCCUAUUGGAACGCGGGGUGCUUCACAAGAAACCGAAGAUCGAAGAAGAAAAACCGAAGUCGCCUAA